AUGUCCCCCUUUUAUUUUGGAUGUCUCUCCCACCUCACCAGAAAUUAUACAAUGGCAAAGCGCUCGAAGUCGAGUAAGGAGCGGAGAGCCAGGCGCAAGGAGAGAAAGCUGUUAGAAGCUCGGAUAAAAUCUUCUCACGAAAAGUGCGACGAAGGCCUCUCAUUGCUGGAACCGACAGGUAGGAACGCACAACCGAAUUAUGUAAAGGCAAUGGUAGCUUUGGAGGCAGCGAUAGAGAUAUACGAGGAAAACACAGUUGCUUAUUUCCUACUCGGGGAGUGCCUUCGUGGUCAAGAGGAAUAUGAAAAAGCAAUCGAGCGUUAUUCCCAGUGCCUGGAGAAAGAUCCACUAAAUAUUAGAGCUAUGGAGGCACGUGCAGCAAGCUACGUGGCUUCAUCAAAUUGGUCUUCCGCCUUCGUAGAUUACAGUUCAAUUAUCAAUGUAGAGCCUGACAAUGACCACGCAUAUAAUCACAGAGGCUUAUGUAUCUUGAGCACACGUGUACCUGGUCUUCGUCUCCUUUCUUCGGAGUUCAAUCAGUGCGUUAAUGACUUUAAAACGGCGAUACGAUUGAACGAAGCCAAUUACUACGCGUGGGCUAACCUAGGAAGGGCAUAUGAAGAGCAAGGCCUAUUAAAGGAGGCAUUGCAAGCGUACUCAUCCGCUCUGAGGGUGAAGGAGGAGUACCACUAUGCUCAGCUGCGUCGGGCAUGUCUUGCACUGCGUAUUGUUGAGUCUAGUUGGAAGUAUGACGAUGAGGAAAGUUCCCAGCCUGCUGCCACAAAACGUUGUGACGGCGCCUCUGUUGUUCUGCCAGCUCUGAAAUCUUUGGAUGAUGUGAAGUCGGAGGUGCUUGGUGAACUAGCAGCAGUGGACCAACGGGCAUACGAAGAGGAACUCCUUAAGGCUGCUAUUGUGGAUUUUCAGAGUUUGAUGGCGGAGGGCACCGACAAGCUCAAAUACGACCCAUGGCUGCCCCUGAAUUUGGGAAGCUGUUUUCUUCUGCAGAAAGACAUAAACAGAGCUGAAGAAGAGUUCAGGUUAACUUCAGAAAUCAUUAACGCCAGGCCGCAACUUGUUGCGUGUGGUGAAGCAGAACCAAUUCAGUGCGCAGAGUCCCUGCAGGCCGUACUGAAUCUCAGAGUGGAGGUAUUGAAAGCUAUUAGGGGCCGACGCUUCCUUGCAGAUAGGCAUUAA